CUUUUACACACUGCAAAUGCUGUAAGGAAAGAAGGUUGCGGCAAGGGAAGCCGUGGCUGGAUAUUUUUGAAACUUUUAAUAUUGUAGCGGGAAUCCUUUUUUGGCCCCGGUUUUGGUUGCUUCCAAAUUUUUUUACCAUGUUUGGUCCUUGUCAAAUAACAUUGUCCCCCCAAAUGUGAUGGUAACACUGUUUUGGAGAUUUACAAUGAGGAGAUUUAUGAUUUGUUGUCGAGCAAUGGCGGCGGAGGAUUCGGGUUUGGAUGGCCAAAGAGCAAUGGCUCCAAUUCUAAGUGUAGAUUUGGUUAAGCGGCAUGUGUUGGCUAAAAUCGGAGGAAAUUGCUCCAGUUCUAAGGUUUGGAAGCUGCGUAUGUUAAAGAAUGAGAGAAAAGUGAAGUAUAUGAAUCAGCUACAAAGCAAGGUGUGCCUAUUUCAAACCCAGCUUUCUUUCUUGCUUUUGGAUUUUGGACUUAAUGUGCGUGAAGUACAUGUCCUCUCGACAACUGAUGGCUACUCUUUAGAUGUAUUUGUGGUUGAUGGAUGGUCUGUUGAGAACCGUCUUCGGCAACUGCUCCUGUCGUCUCCAUUUGCUACUGCUGCAUCGCAUCUUAUGCAUCUACUGCUCCGGGCUGUGGCUCUUGAAGAAGCUCAAGAACACACACUGCAUUCAUCAGCUUACCUUCACCAAUGAUCCAGAUCUUCAAAAUACGUUCUUUUACAAGCUGGGUAAAGUACUGAAUUCCUGUAUUUAAGGCACUUAGCUUAGCCAUCAGGUGUUAAGCUUCCUUGAAUCUCGGAUGGUUCCUCAGGGAGGGCAGAUUUGUGGGUUUUUGGUUUUUAGGGUUUCACGAUUGGUUUGCUCCUGGAGGUUGUUAAGCUUCCUUGAAAAUCUGCAUCUUUGCAUUUCUUAUGUGCUUUGUGUUUGUGGUUCUAUAUGGUUUGAUGACCUUUUCCUCAAUUUUUAAAAAAAUAUUUUUCUAUUUAAUUUGAACUGUUAAGAUGUUUUACAUUGUGGAUUCACUUAUAGACGCUGCACUCUCAUUGUUUAGGUGUAUAACGAGUCGAUUCGUAGGCAUUAAUGUAUGGCGGAGAAAGCAUGGAAGAGAGAUUUGGGAUUAGGGAUAGGGAAACAGAGGAAAAGAAUAUGAUAGAGGAAUGGGUUCAGUUCAUUUUCACUAUUUUUUAACUGAUUUGGGAUUUUGUUUGGGUUUGAGGCCAUCAUUGGCAUUCAGGUGUUUAUUGUCAGACCGUAUGUGUUUUUUGCUAACUUUUAUUGGUAAUUUUUUAUGUUGUUCUUGCGAUUUUGUGUGGUAGGGUUUCUAAAUUUUAUCGUUGAUCAUUUGGUUUUUUGUUUGUGUUGGUUUGUUUGCUUUGCAGGUUGUGUUUGUGCUGGGACAACAUUUUCCACCUUCUAUUUGCACUGGGAUGACUGCAUUUUAAAAUUGUUGAGGGUUAGAUUUACAUAUGGAAACAUUCCAUUUUUUUCCAAAUAUUUGCAUUUAGUUAUCUUUAAUUUUAAAAUUUAAAAAUUAAAUCGUUAUUUGAGUAAAAUGUUUUCCAUUGCUCUCAAACCUAGACCAAUAGCGGAGCUAGGAAUUUUUUACCGGGUGGGCUAGUUUAAAAUUUUAAAUCUUUUUAAAUAAAGAAACUUGAUAGCCUAUUUCUCAUAGUAUCAGCUAGCUUAAAAAAAUUCACAAGGUGAGCAAAAAACGUGUUAAAAUUAAACAAAUUCAAAUUUGUACAUGUACAAGAAGCGAUGGGAAAAAUAAUGUAAGAAAAAGAGAUGGUUUACAAACUGUAUUAUAUAAUUUUAUAUAGUUAAAUUAACCUAGAAAAUUCGAAUUAACGACUAAAUAUUUGGUGGGCUUCAAUCAAAAUUACAUGUAAAAUUUUAUUUUUCACCACAAGCUACCUGUAGCCCAGGGCAGCCCUUAACUUGGCUCCGCCAUUGCCCUAGACUCCAGUCGAACUCACUUCCUUCAAGGCCACUUCAGCUCUUCGACUCGCUGCCCAGAAGAUCAAGUUCUCAAGUGCCUUCGCCCAUGAGCGGUAGGUCUCGGGUUCGAGACUUGGGAGCAGCCUCUCC